UCCGAUAUGUAGCAAAUCAAGCGCUUAACUUACUAUUACAUCUUCGAAUUAUGUGAUAGUUUACUGCUAUUUUUGGCUGAAGUUGAAACCCUAAUGAUUGUUGUUGUUUUUGUUGUUGCUGUCACUACUGUUUGGCGGGCAUAUUUUGAGUAUUUUGGUCAAUAUUAAUUUAAUUGUGGAAAAGUGCAAAAUGGCUUGUCAAGUAUUUAAUGCUUAUGAAGGUUGCGUGGAGGAGAUGGCAAACCAGCGUCCAUCACUUCAAGACAUUGAUACAGAGAUAUUUUCUGCGAAUUCACCCAAAGCGAGAUCAUUAAUUGAAAUUUCAGGUGCGUCUGAGUCGGGUAAAAGUGUGCUUCUGUGGCGCCUAAUGGCUCGUUGUCUUACACCAACCUACUUUGGCGGUCGGAAUUGUGAUUUAAUUUUUAUUGAUUUAAGACAUAAAUUUGAUGCUGAACUCUUUGAACAACAAAUUCUUCGUCUGGUUGCUGCCUCUGGUGAACAACACACAACAGCUGAGUUACGGGUGAUGGUUGAGAAAUGUUUUGAUUCUAUGCAUUUAUUAAACUGCUAUAAUACAAGACAUUUUAAAGCAGCUUUGGAAAUAGUUGAUGGGCUACUUGUAAAGCAUUCAGAUUGCUCAUUGGUGGUCAUUGAUGGUUUAGAUGCUUUCUAUUGGUUGGACACUUACGAGCGUCGAAUUCGUAUGCAAACACACUACAUGCGUAAUGUAGAACGUCUUCGUAGCUUAUGCGAGCGUCAUGGUAUUUGCUGCGCAUACACUAUUAAUACAAACUAUCUUGGCGCAAAGAAAUUAAGUGAUGUUGAUGGUAAUAUUCUUGGGCGAUCUAUGCAGGCAAAUAUAAAAGUUGAAUACAGGUUGCAGCUGCAACUUGCUAGCAAUGGUGAACGGACACUUAAUGGAAUGGCAGUAGAGAUAAGAGACAAUUCCUUCUAUGUUGUUAAGAAGCAAUAAUCAAUUAUAUGUCCACCCCAUCACUGCAUGUGUGCCAAAGUGUGAUUAGCGGGUAUAAAUAAAUAUAAAAGUACUUGUAUGUACGUCCAAUGUACAUACAAUAAACCGUUCUGCAAAUGGACCAGUCUAUCUUGUUUCCAAUAUGUACUCGAAACUGUUAUAUUAUGAAAAAGUACACUUCAGCUGCCGCCGUGUCCAUCAUUUUUACCAUACUAAUAGCGGGAUUCUGUAACCAGUCUCUAGUCUCUAUUUGAGACAUUUUGAGGCAAAGUCUCAAUUUGAGACUAGUUACUAUUCACUAAACAGUCUCUAGCGUUAGUCUCAAAAUAUUGAGACCUGGUAGUUAGCCGGUCACAAAACUAAAAAGAGCUCUUGUCUGCCAUUUUGAAUAUACUGAAUAGAGAUCAUCAUAGAUAUUAAUCGAUUGUCGUAUUUUUAUAUUUUGUAAGCAACUCAAACACGAAAAAGUUAAAAAUGAAUAAAUUUUACAUAAAUUUCGUAAAUAUUAUGAAACAAAGUCAACAUAUAUUUUCAUUUUUAUUGAUAAAUAUGUUUUUUGACAAUGUUAUAGAAAAAUUAAUAUAUGUUAUCGACAUAUUUAUUUUCAUUCAAGUGUAAAAACAUCUCUGAAUAAUGAAAUGUAAUAGAUUUUGAGACUGUCACUUACAGAAUAGCAAAAUCAUCUCAAGUCUCAAAAAUUGUCUCUAACUCAAAAUCUCAAAUUUAGAGACUUGAGACUGUCUCACGUUACAGAAUCGCA